GCAAAGGGCCUUUGUGGUUUCUUCCCAUCACGUGUGAUUUCCAAAAAAAGGAAAGAAACUGGCUUCACACGUGUGUGAAAAGCGGAGCAAAAGCGCCGUGGCCGUUUAGCGGCGGGUAGCAAAUAGCCGUUGGGCGAAGUUCCAAAGCUCAAAAACCCGCUAUCAUGGAGAAGCUGAAAUCUCUGGUUCCAGAAACCCUAAAGCGAUCGAUCGCCGCCAGCGCCGCCGACGAUCUUCCUCGAACCUGCUCUUCUCUAGCCGAUUUUCUCCUCCAUUUCGAGCCCUUUCAGCAAAUGGUGAGGGACUUAGCGGACCCAGAAGUAGCUCUCUGUGGAAAGAACAAAGAAGCAGCUUUGGAGGCGAAGCAAAAGGGCAAUAAGUGCUUUUUGAGAAGUGAUUAUGCUGAAGCUUUGGAUUGCUAUACCCAGGCAUUGAGAGUUGCUCCUAUGGAUGUAGAUGAAGACAGAAAUCUGGUUACUACUUUGUAUACGAAUCGGGCUUCUGUGUUGCAGAAAUUGGGUCUUCUGAGGGAGUGUGUACAAGACUGCAAUCGGGCACUUCAAACUUCUUCAAACUAUGCAAAGGCAUGGUAUAGAAGGGGCAAGGCAAAUGCUUCUAUCGGAAAUUAUGAGGAUGCAAUCUGUGACUUGGAUGUUGCUAAGGUUCUGGAGUUGUCAAUCAGUGGAAAGAGACAGAUAGAAAGUGAGAUGAAGAUAAUUUCGGAUCAGCAUAAAAGUACGAUUCCAUCAGAACAAGAUAACGAGAAUAACUCAAAUAUUUUGGAUGAACUGCACCAAAUGGAAUUACAAUGUGUCACCACACCAGAGAAAGGAAGGGGUAUGACUUCAACCAGUGACCUUCCUCAAGCCUCCUGGGUACAUACAGAAGACCCUUUUGCAAUGAUAAUAUUAAAACCUUGUCGGGAAACUCACUGCCACUACUGCCUGAAUGAGCUACCAGCGGAUAAAGUCCCAUGUACAUCGUGUUCAAUACCAUUGUAUUGCUCCCAGAAAUGCCGUAUACAAGCAGGAGGAAAAAUGUGCUGGGAUUACCCAAGCAAUCAAAACAUUCUUGAAAAUCUGUCAGCCAAUCUUGAAAAGUACAUUGUAGAUACCACUUUAAAUGUUGAAUCUGAAACAGAUACUGAGCACAUUCCUGAACAUAAACAUGAAUGUAAAGGUGUACACUGGCCAGCAGUAUUGCCAUCAGAGAUAGUUUUGGCUGGCCGAGUGCUAGUAAAGUCUGUAAUCAAAAGAAGAGGUUCCACUGAUACUUUUCAUCUUAGUGAAAUUUCGGAUCUUUCUCAUCAUUAUUCGAAAAUGCCUCCAGAAACGAAAUUGGAAUUACAUAUAUAUUCUGCUGUAUUAUUAUACUGUCUUCAACAUUCCGAUGGUUUUGAAUUACCAAUAAAUGGGCUCUCUAUUUCACAGAUUGUCAUACUUAUAUCCCAAAUUAGGGUGAACUCUAUGACAAUUGUUCGUAUGAAAUCCAUUGAUCAUCAUGGGUUAGAAGAUCAAUUUGGAAAGCUUACACCUUGGGGAGAAGGUCUAACUAGUAACAUGGAACAGGUCAAAGUAGGUCAAGCAAUCUAUAUAUCUGGAAGUCUGUUCAACCAUUCUUGUCAGCCAAACAUCCAUGCAUAUUUCCUUUCACGCACUCUCUUUAUACGAACAACAGAAUUUGUCACAUCGGGGGUUCCUUUGGAAUUUUCAUAUGGUCCACAGGUUGGGCAGUGGGACUGUAAGGACCGUGUCAAGUUUCUGGAAGAUGAGUACUCAUUUCGAUGUCAGUGUAGGGGUUGUUUAAAUGUGAACUUUUCCAACCUAGCCCUAAAUGGUUUUCACUGUGUCAAACCAAAUUGUCCCGGCAUAGUCUUGGAUAGCGGUGUUGUUAACAUUGAAAGAGAGAAACUUAAGUAUUUGCCCCGUAUCGUGAGCACUAGUAGUGUGGAGCCUCAUCUUCAGGUUGAAGAGUUCAAUACUGAUGAGAUCAAUAAACUGGCUCCUCAUGUGCAACCCAAUAAUGUUUUCGACAUUAAUCCGGGCUUUUGUUUAAAAUGUGGUUCUUAUCGUGAUCUGGAAUCUUCCUCUGCAGCUGCAGAUAAAGCUCGGACGCGCAUCAUAAGAUUACGGGAUGCAAUAGUCUCACAAGAUGUUUCUAGUACAGUACUUUUGGAUGCUUUAAGUUCUCUUGGUCUGCUGAGAUCAACAUUUUUUGCAUAUAAUAGGAGCAUUGCAGAAGCAGAAGACAAUCUUGCGCAGGCAUUUUGUUUGGUUGGAGAGUUGCAACCCGCAAUGGAACAUUGCAAAGCAUCAAUCGAGAUCCUGGAGAAGCUCUAUAACCCUAAUCACAUUGUCAUUGGAUAUGAACUUGUGAAGCUCUCAUCUCUUCAGUUAUCCUUGGGUGACCGUGCUGCCGCGGACAGCAUAAACCGACUGUAUCAAAUAUUUUCAUGUUAUUAUGGGUCUCAUACGUACGUGAUUUUCCCGUACCUUCGAUUUCUGAGGAGGGAGAAGCACAUCAGUUCUUUGGAGGACCAACUCACAUGAAAACAUGAUUCUGUCUGAUCUCCUGUUCUUGUAAGGACCAACUUCCCUGAUUCUGUUGCAAUAUCUAACUCAUCAGACUGAUUAACUUUUAAAAACUGUUGAGAAUACUACAUGUAGAUAUAACCUGAUCAGUUUCGAUGUAUAAUUUAUGUUUGAGUCUCGGCA